AUGGGACCACCUUCAGAGAUGUCUGCUAACCUUCGGGUAAGUAGUCUCAUCUAUCCAACCAAGAAAACAUGGGAUCAUGAGAAAGUUAAAGCUUUACUUCCGGCUUAUGAAAAAGAGAUUCUAGCUCUACAACCAAGUAAAAAGGGAGCCAGGGACUGCCACCUUUGGCUUCUUACCAGCUCAGGAAUCUACACAGCAAAGUCUGGCUAUUUGGCAGCAACCCAAAAAAGAAAUGAUCCGCCACCCAUCGACCCAAGCCCCACCCCUUUUGACUGGUAUAAAGAAAUCUGGAACAUCAGGUGCCUCCCAAAGCUUAAGUUUUUCCUUUGGAAAGCUAUGCACGAUGCCCUCCCAGUUGGAGAAAACUUGAAGAUCCAAGGAGGGAACCCCUCUGCGUCGUGCCCCCACUGUCUGCAAGAGGAAACAGUCAUUCACCUCUUCUUCCACUGCUCGUUUGCUGCUCAGGUCUGGGAAAAAUCACCAUUCAGGACUUCUUUUGACCCCCAUCGUAUCACCAACCUACAAAAGGGACUACAAAUCGUCAACCAGUGCAUAAAUCUUCCACCUGUAGGCAUUGGAGAGGAACCUUUGGCUCCUUGGAUACUUUGGAACAUCUGGAUCUCACACAACAAAAAGGUCUUUGAGCAGAAACAAAACUUACCGCAGGACAUCGUGACACAGGCCAUUUCAAGUGCUCGUGAUUGUAUUUCUGCCCAGCCAUCGAAUCCCCAGCCUCCUGAACUCAGACGGGAAGAACAAAGAUCAGACCCCCACUUGGAUACUAUCUCUUGUUUCACUGAUGCGGCAUGGAGAUCAGAUUCUCAAGCCGCAGGCUUUGGAUGUUUAUUCAGCGAUGACUCUCGCUCUUUCGAGAUUACGAACCAGAAAACCGCAACCAAUGUAGCCUCUCCAAUCCUCGCUGAAGCGAUCGCGGUAUCCUUGGCACUUCAACACGCCCUAGAUCUGGGCUUCAACAAACUCUCGCUGGCUUCCGAUUCACAUAUGAUGAUCAAAGCCAUCAAUUCAGAGAUUCCAUCGAAGGAGCUCUACGGGAUUCUCCACGAUAUCGUCGAUCUAUCCCUUUCUUUUUCUGAAAUUUCUUUUCUGUAUGUGAGUCGUAAACUCAAUCGUCGGACUGAUGAACUGGCUAAAUCAGCUAUUCACCCGGUUUGUAACCCAACUCUAUUGAUUCCGGUUUAA